CAAAGGAAAAGUGGGGUGAAACUGUGAAUGUAUAAAUUUCUAUUUCAGUGUUGUUGUUCAAGCCUGCAUUCCCGUCCCAUGUGGCUCACCUCAAAGUGGAGCACACAGGAUGAAAAACACUGAAAACAGCUGGUAGAUGUCGGUGUGUUUCCACAGUUGGAGAUUCCUAAGCAUAUCAACACCCAUCAUCAAUGAGGUCUCGAGUAAGGAUAUCACUGCUUCACUGCACAGGAAUGUCCUGUCAUGGGGUGUGUGGCGGGGGCAAAUGGAGAAGGAGAGUGUGUCCCUUGGAGAAUUAACACACUCUGUCUGUGCUGCAGAUAGUGGACAUAACAGUGGAGUUUCCAACCUGUUCAGGAUUGCAAGUGUCCCAUAUGUGGUGGAAAGGAGUCCAAAGACAGCAUUUUCUUACUUCACCAUCGCGGCCUCACAGGUUUUGCCAUCAAGUGCUUCCUCAUCUGGACCCUGUGUCUUCAUCCACCCCAGCGGAAAAUGUGAAGGUGUCACCUGCACCAAAAUUACCAGAAACUUUUGGAGGAAGAGUCUCAUCCAUGCCCAUGAGCAAGAUGAGAGCGUCAAAGUCACAACCAGGAGUGUGCGGUCCGAAUUCUACCAUUGCAACGCCUAAUGAUGUCAGACAGGCCUAUUCACCAGAUGAUGGAUUGGCUGGGAGAGAUGGAGAAAAAAGGAAAGUACAACUUGUACAGUGUAGCAUAAGUCUCAAAGAGGGCGACAGAAAUCAGGAUGUGACAGGUGACUCCGUUAUGAAUCUUUCCUCACAGCCUUCCUACCGCUCUUGUAUCCACCUUGAGGUGCCUCUGAGGUCCACUAGGUCCGUCGUGUUUUUAGACAAGUCACUUUCCAUUCCCCUCGUGGAACUCGAAGAAAGAAGAGCAGGGCAACCCACUCUGUACAGGUCGAUGUUGUCUGUUCGCCUUGGUGUUUCAUCCUGCCGCAGAUCAUCUACCUAUAGCAAACCAGCCAAAACAAAUGAGGGUUAUAGAAGACCUAGAGUGACCACGUUGGACCAUAAACGCUAUGGCCGCAGCAGUAGUUUGGGUCACUGCGGAUGCCCUAUAUCAAAGUACCGGGGCUGCAAGGUUGAGCAAAUAGCACCCGCUCAUGAUGUUGACAGCAAGGCUGAUGAUCGAGGCACACAGCGCCACAGCGAUACUUUGGCAUUAUUGUCAUUCAGAGGGCCAAACCCCUCAAACACAAAGGCUGGAAGGCAGAAGGGGAAUGCAGAUGAGGCAGCCUUCCUUACCCAGAGCAAUUUCAGGCACAGGCAGAAGGCUUCCAAUACUGGCGCAGUGGACUCUCAAGCGUGGAGCAAGCAAGCAGGGUGUGUCCAGAAAUCGAAAGGACAAGAUCAGGACUGUUCCACAGAGCCUCAGAAAUUCUCUGCUUUGAACACAACCUGUCCUCCACUGAAGGUUGACUCUCUGGAAGGGACAUCCAAGACUCUCAGCCUCAGAGAGGCUUUGGAGCUCUUCAGGCCAGACUUCAUCAGUCGAUCUCAGGGUCGGGUGAGGAGGUUGGAGCAGAGGGCUAUGAGAAGAAGAGCGCUGCAGGACUCCAAUCCAGACUUGGUGCAGAGCCUCGGGGACGAUCGAUGCAAACAAAAGAAGAACUGCACCACACCAGAUCCACUUAGCGAUAACCUUUUCAAGCCUAGAGAGAGGUCUAUAUCAGGCAGAGAGAUGCAGCUGAGGUCCAGACGGAUUUACAAGAAGCUUCCAGAGGUGACAAAGAAAAAGGAGGAGGAGAAAAAGAAGGCUCUAUCACAAACCAACAGAUUGCGAGCAGAGAUCUUUAAAAAGAGACUUCUGGACCAGAUCCUGCAAAGAUAAAUGGGCUUAAUUCACUGACCAUUCUGCUUCUUCAUUCCUCUCUGUAUAGAGAGGAAUAUAUAGAUAUGACUUUGUAUUGAAUUCAGUUAAUCUACCAUGCAAAUCAAUGCUGUGCCUGUGCACAGGUAUUAAUUUUAUUAAGAUUCAAUUUUGGGUAAAUAUCAUGUUUUAUCUUUUGGUGUUUGCAUUUUGCACAUGAAUGCAACAAAAAUGGGGCUUGAAAUAAGGCUUUAUAUUAACAAGGUUUAUUUUAAAAGCAGUGCAACUACACUAAAAACAAGUACAUUUGUACAUCCAAUAUCUACAACUUAUUAUUCCUUGGAGGUUUGGUGUGGGGUUGGAGCUGAUCCCAGCUGGAUUUGGGUGAGUGGCAGGAUACAUCCUAUAGUCACAAUGCAGAUUCCACACAGAACGGCUAUAGCCGGUGAGUGAGUUCGAGCCUACAAUGUUUUUGAUGUGCACGAUAGUGUUGAUGUUAUAACAAAACAGCACACUGAGCUUAAAAUAAGUAAUCUGAAAAAUGAUAAAUGUAUUUGCACUUCUACCGGAAAUCAGAUAAAAGAAAGAAAUUAAUCCUAGACAAUAAUUAAAAUGUAAAAUGUAUGGCAAGAAUGUAACAGUGCAUGCUUCAAACUUUCUUAUAAUCUGAUUAUCAGAUCAAUUAUUAUUAAUGUUGUUGUGUGCAGACGCACAAGCCCAACCUUCUCACCAGCCUGCAACACACUGAUAAUUUAAAAAAAUGAAAAGGAUGUGACAGUUUAAAAGAUUAAAUGAAAUGAAACUGGGAUGUAUUGCUGCUUAAAUUAACAACCAGUGCUUAAAUGCAACACAGAUUAAUCUUAUAAUUUUACAAAUUUGUUUUUUGAUGACUUGAUUCCUUAGCUGAAAUCUCAUUUUUCUCUAAUGUAUCUCAAAAUGAAAUAAAAGUGCUCC